AUGGAAGGAUUUUCUAAACAACAAGUUAAAAUUGAACCACCAUAAAAUUAAAUUGACGCAAUGAUUGACGAUAGUAGUAUUCCAUCUAUUAAGAAGUUAGAUGAUGCCACAAUCAACAAAAUAGCUGCUGGAGAAGUUGUGGUAUCACCUUCAGCUGCAUUAAAGGAGAUGAUUGAGAAUAGCAUCGAUGCGGGAUCUACUCAGAUAAAUAUAUUGUGCCAGAAAAGUGGAUUUGAUUUUCUUUAAAUAUCUGAUGAUGGCCACGGUAUAAAAAGGUUAGAUUUUCCAUUGCUAUGUGAGAGGUUCGCAACUUCUAAGAUAAGCAACUUCAGUGACUUGAGAAGAGUAGGGAGCUUUGGGUUUAGAGGGGAAGCUUUGGCUUCAAUUUCUUAUGUUUCAAAAGUUACAGUUACUAGCAAAGUUGCCAACUCAGAGCUCGCUUACUCUGCCGAUUUUAUUAAUGGACUAAUGCUAAAUGAAGAUGGAUAAAGUCCAAAACCAUGUGCUGGACAAUAAGGAACAACAAUACAAGUUAGAGAUCUAUUUGCGAAUAAUCCACAAAGAAAAAAGAGCAUGGGUGUGAAUGAGGAAUACGGUAAAAUAGUCGAAGUAGUGACAAGAUACUCUAUGGAUGAUAAAAAAACUGAUUUGUCAACACAUAAUGUUUAAAGGCCUUCUUUGGCUGAUAUUAAUCCUGCUGAAUCGGAAAAGCUAAAGAAUCAGCUAAGAAUUGAGAUAAUAAAAAAGACUUAUGGUUAGAAUUAAGCUGGCAGAGAAUUCAUAGAUGUAGUAGAUUCCCUUGAUCUCUUUUAAUACUCCUUAUCCUCAAUCUUAAGCAAGCCUAAUACACUACAGUCUAAGAAAAGUUUCUUCUUACUUUUCAUUAAUAGUAAAUUUAAUUAGCUUAACUUGUGUUUAUUAGAUAGAUUAGUUGAGAGUGAAAAAAUUAAAAGAACUAUAGACUCUGUAUAUUAGCAGUUCCAGCCAAAGGGUGGAUAUAAUUACUUCGUGUAUAUGUCUUUGUUUAUACCCUCAGAGCAGAUUGAUGUAAAUGUUCAUCCAACAAAGAAGAAUGUUAUCUUUGAAAGAUAAGAGGAGUUUGUAGAGUAUAUUUAGGAUUUGUUGAUUGAUAAAAUUGCUAACACUACUGGUGAAAGGAGCUACAUGCUAGAUCGUCAAUCAAGAGGCUAAAUGAGAGAAGAUUUGCAAUCAGCAUCAUUGCCAUAUGUUCAUACAAGAGAACCAAGUGAUCAUCAUAAAAAGAAUUUGAAUGCUAUGAAAAUGGUCAGAACUGAUUCAACUGCUUAGACCUUAGAUAGAUUUCUAGUGCAAGGAAACUUAUCCAACUCAAACAAAACACUCUAAGACAAAUAAAAUGUAGUCUCAAUGAAUAUUGUAAGCGUGAAAAAACUUAUCUAUGAAUUUGAAAAUGAUAUUGAUGAAAAACUGCAAGAAACUUUUAGAAAGCAUACUUUUGUGGGAACUUUGACCCCAGAGCAGGUCUUGCUAUAAUUUGGACUAGAACUGGUCCUUGUCUAAGUCGAACCUCUAUUGCAGGAAUUUCUAUAUCAGCAAGUGUUAAGGCAAGUUCAAAGUAUGGAAAAAUACAGACUAUUUAAUCCAUUAUCAAUUUAAGAGCUUUUAAAAAUUUCCCUUGAUCUUCCAGAAUCGCACUAUAAUCCAAAGAUACAUUUAAGAAAAGAAGAGUUAAUAGAGUUCUAUACUAAUAAAUUAGUUGAUAAAUCAGAUAUUUUGAAUGAAAAUUUUGGCAUUGAGAUUGAUAAGGAAACUGCUUCUCUGGUAGCCUUACCUAUAAUUUAUGAAGUAGUGAAACCAUAUCCAGAGGAAUUGCCAAUAUUCAUUCUUAGAUUAGCCUGUGAUGUUGAUUACUCUUGCUAAAAUCGUUAUUAUCAUCAAAUUGCAGAGGAAUUGUCCUUUUAUUAUUCAAAACUAGUUCAGCUUUUUAAUAUCCAUAAUGUUUAAGGAGAUGGGUCAUUAGGACUUGGUAGUCUUGGAGCUGGAGCUAACGGUUAGAUGGCUGUCAUUAAUGGUUAGAAAGAUUUAUAGAGAACUAGGGAAGAAGAACUUAAAUGGUAAUAUGCGAACAAGCUUUUCCCCUUCAUGAAGACUAAUAUGAGUAUUAGAAAAAAAUUUGGGGAUGUUAAUGAAAUGACCUUCACUUUAAUAACUAAAGUUGAAAAUUUAUACAAAGUAUUUGAGAGAUGUUGA